ACGAUGAAGAACGACACCCACACCAGCACCGAAUACUCCUCCUCGUACGAUGAAGAACGACACCCAUACCGGCACCGAAUACUCCUCCGACCAGCCUAGCUCGCACGAUCAAAAGCGACACCUCACCUCCCCUGUCUCGCACGACAACCACGCCGGCGCCGUUCAUCACUGCAAGCCUCCAUCGCACUAUGCUCACCGCCCUCACGCCCUUACAUCCUCAAGAACGAUACACGCCCUCAUGGAAUAUCCACGCCGCGAUCUGGACUACCUCCACCCUGAGAUCGAGACGCUUUGGCAGGUCUUCGGGACAUACACACACACAACGCCAUCCGAACACGGCUGAAGGAUGAGAAGGGUGUCGACAUCUCGCGUGCUACAUUCGAGCGUGUGAUGGCUGAAUGAGGGCAUCACAACACUCGGUGAUUAUGAUGAGGAGCGCCUGCGUGCAAGGAUUGAUGAGCUGUUUUGGCAGACGGAUGAGAAUGAUGAGAUGUACCAUCAGAUCCUGCAAGAUUGAUGGCUUCAAGCUCUCCAAGUGGCGGCCACACGAGUGCUAGAAAAGAGCCCGGCGUCUGCCCCAGAGUACUCUUUGCAAGCUGUCCAAGCUGUUAAGACACAGUCUGCAGGCCAGCAAACAUCUUCGCUCAAGGACCGUUCUCAGUCACAGCUCGGCCAACAGCAGUCG